AUGAGGUCACCAACUACUAGUAGUCUUGGCCAAAAGGGCCUAAGGCCGACGCACCAGUCGACAUCUCCUUCUGGGCCCCUCGAACCAGUCCAACCAGCGGCAACAACAAUAGCGGCACAGCCGUACAGAACGCUCCCCGUGUUCCCCUUGUGGACUUCCAAUCAUCCUGGUCACUUCAGACUGAGCACCCUCGGGCUUACAAGGACAUCCAGACACAUCUAUCAGAAACCCGCCCAGCACCAUAGCGCUUGGCCAGCCGUCUGUCGUUAUUCCAACUCCAAGCGCUUCACAGAAAUGAGUUCAUAUUUUCCGCCUGGUGGCCCUGCAGAAGGCUACGAUGCACCCUCAACGCAUGCCGCUGCCCAUGUGAUGAAACUCAUCCAAUUUGUGACAGGUGCAGCAAGGGAAAGAGAGAUUGCGUCUACCCACCACCCCAAACACAUUAUAACAUUUCGCCAUUAUUUUAUGCGACAAGACGCACAGUCCUUUAUUACUAAAGAUCUCCUUAUGUAUGCUGUGCAAUACGAGCCGUUGCUGUACGCUGUCAUCGGCUUCUCAGCAUAUAUUUGCUCCAUCCGACAUCCUAAUGGCAAACUUUACACCUUCCUCAAAUAUUAUAACAAAUCAGUAACAGGCCUACUGAAGUCGCUCAGCACUAACAGCACGCACCAUGAUGCUAUGUUGCUGACUAUUCUUCAGUUAGCAACCUUCGAAGAAUACCUAGGUGACUGGGUGAGCGUUACAGACCAUCAUCAAGCCGCCCAACGUAUGCUCACCGAGCUUUAUACCCCAAAAAAAAUUAAUGAAAACGAGUUCCGCCGCUAUAUGUUCUUAUGGUAUGCCCGUUUUGAUGUCGUGUCCGGUAUUUUAGCCGGAAGUGAAGCCAUUUUGAGUCCAGAAUGGUAUAUCGCGUGUGAGUCGUUCGCCGUCGAAGAGGAAGCUAAGGAUCCAGGAAAUAUCAACAAACAAUUUUACACAUGUGCCAUCCGCACUAGGAGGGUUGGCAUGGAUAUGGCGUCGUUGAUUGCAAAUGCGUCACGAAUGCUUAUUUCAACUGAAGAAUUUGAACGCCAAAACCACGAUAUCACUGCUCGGCUUGACAAAAUACAGGAAGCAUGGAAUUCCUUGGCCAGUCCAGAUCACCUAGUUAUGUCCUUCCCUAAUAAGGUGCCUCUUGGGCCAGAUGAUAUUGUGGAUCCUUACGUGCCAGGCAGGAUCUAUGACGAAUCAUACUGGGACGUCAACUGUUGUCUGGUUGACGUUCUUGGUACCAGAAUGAUGCAUAAAUACCAAACCGGCCUGUUGUUGCAGCAGCUGGACCUUGCAGAAUUGCAAAGCGACGCAUUAGAGCUCUGCGGUCUUAUUGAAGCUAUGGAGCGAUGGCCCAAUAGACCGAAAGACUGGAUUAUACAGGUCCAAUCCUCCUUAGCUCUUUCCACUCUGUUCAUUCCCAGUGAUGAAAAACAUAUCAUGUGGUGUCGGAAACUCUUGGCCAAGGUUGAACAAUUUGGAUUCAUUUAUCCAUCGGCAUUCCGCUCCAAAAUGGCAGAUUUAUGGCAACUGCCCGAACUGAGAUGGUGGUGGCUCCGAAACUAUGAAGGAUGUCCAAAGCUAGUUCGCGAAAUCCGUGAAUGGACCGGUGAGCGCGAGUUAAACCCCCGAGACACAUUUCGGGAGGACGUUCGUGAUUUGAAGACAAUGUUCUGGAGAAUGUCCAUAGAUGACACUAGUAGUUCAGGAAGCUGCACAAGCAACACACUCACGCCUCCUACUACGGUUGGGCUCUACUCCGAGACCUCUCCAUCCGAACCGACUCCUUAA